CCUCUCUCUGGCUGUCUAACUACUAUCAGUACAGCUGGUACAUCCACUGCAUGCUUCAUUGGUAGCAAUGCCUCCUCCCUGAUCAGUCCCUGCCUGGAGUAGUAGUGUACAGUAUAUAGUGCCGUGUGGUCAUUGGGGCGUGGGCUUGCUUCUCCGGUUCAUCAGGGCGUGGAGAAAAAGGGAGUCCUUACUGAAACGUGUGACCCAAGAUAUUCAACAGUAAGGAAGGAUGACGGAGAAUGGCCCUCAGACGAAUGGGCCAUCUAGCCCCCCCUCAGGGAAAUAUAUAGAUACUAUAGAUCCAGAUGACCCUGAGUAUCAGAAACGCAUGAUGCGCCCAGCAGAUGUGCGAGAAGAUGUGAAGCACAUGGAGGACCGGAGCCGCGUAUCCCUUAUCCUCAACAGUGAGGCCUUUCGUAAGGAGCUGGAGGAGAUCGUGGACGAGCAGAUCAAGUCGGGGCCACACCCUGCCAGUCUCCUCGCCCUACAGCAGAUUUCCGAUCUUCUCCUCCCUCGCAACCACAUGGGCCGUGCCAGACAGUCUUCUGGCCCCGUCAUUCCAAUAUCAGAUAUUCAUGGCACGGACACGAUCCAGUAUUGCAAAGGGGAAAAACUGCUGCGGUGUAAGGUGGCAUCAUGCUACAGACUUAUAGAGAUGAAGGGCUGGUCCCAGGGAAUCUAUAAUCACAUCAGUGCGAGAAUUAACCAAGAGCAGGAGCACUUUCUGAUUAACCCGUUUGGCCUGCUGUACUCCGAGAUUACAGCUUCAUCACUUGUCAAGGUCGACAUGCAAGGUGAGAUUGUUGACCAGGGUACGACAACCCUAGGUAUCAACAAAUCUGGUUUCACCUUGCAUUCGGCUAUCCACCAGGCCCGCCCCGACAUCCGGUGUAUCAUCCAUCUACACACGCCCGAGGCUGUAGCUGUAUCUGUAAUGAAAUGUGGAUUUCUACCACUGUCGCAAGAGGCGGCCAUUUGCGGAGACGUUAGCUACCAUGAUUACCAGGGUAUCUUAUGUGACCAGAGUGAGCGAGAUUCCUUACAGAGAAACCUAGGACCAAUAAAUAAGGUGAUGUUCCUUAGGAACCAUGGGGUGGUGGCCUGCGGCGCAACAACAGAGGAGGCCUUCCACUUCGCCAGUAAUGUAAUGAUGGCAUGUGAAUCACAGGUGAAGGCUGUCCCUGUAGGAAUGGAUAACCUAGUCCUUAUUGACUCUGAAGUUCGUAAGAAGACAUAUAUGUUAGGAAACCAGGGAGGCGGAGGAGUGGACACUGGUGGAAAGAAAUGGCGACCAGGAGAAAUCGAGUUUGAGGCCCAAAUGAGACAGCUAGAUAAUGUUGGUUACAGAACAGGCUAUGUUUAUAAACAGCCAAUUCUCAAACAAGAAAUCAGACGGGAUCGUGCAAAUGAUGUGGCAGAACCUCCAGCAUCAAGUAACCUUGCAUUCAUGUAUGAUGGAGAUUAUGAAAAUUCUAAAUACAUGUCCCCAUACAAAGUGGCAAUAGAGAGACAAAAGCAACAUUACAAGGCUGGCUGGCUCAACUCCCCAAAUAACUACAUCAAACAAGAGAUGGAGGAGACUGGCACAUCAAACCCUAAAAAAAUAACCAAGUGGGUACAAGAAGACGAAGACUCUCCUAAGCGAGCGGCCAUGUCAAUGAAAGUAGAAAAUCCUAAUCAAUUCGCACCACUAGGUGACAAUCCAAAGGAAUUCAAGCAGAGACAAAAACAGAUUAGGAAGGAUUACUACGAGGAUAAGGUGAGCGCUGGACCUCAGUCACGAGUGCUGGAGGGAAUGACGUGGGAAGAGGCACAGAAGCUGAAGGCUGAAGGAAAAUUAGACGGAUCUUUAAGUCAGGUGGGUGACAGUGUAAUUGUGAUUGGAGCUGCAUCCAAGGGCAUUAUCCAGCGUGACCAGCAACAUAAUGUACAAGUGUACAAAUCACAGUACCAGGCCAACCCCUUCGAGUCGAUGACCGAGGACGAGAUCGAGCGGUAUAAGAUUGAGGUCCAGGGAGGACAUGUAGGUUCUGGUGAGCCAGAAGAUACAAUCGAGCCUGGCCCAGAUGGAAAGCUCAUCUCCACAGACGAGCGUAUGCAGACCAUACAACAGCAACAGAAGUCAUCGCAAUCUUCACUGACGGAAACAAGACCUGCUGAAGAGGUGCAUACAGCUGGCAGUGUAUCUGGUCAGUCUGGAGCCAAAGUGACCGGUGAACUGACCACUAGUUCAAAGUCCCAGGUGAUGGAAGAUGACGACGACGAUGUAUUCCUCAAUGAUCCCUCCCCUACUUCUCCCCUUCCCAACACCACAGUCUCAGCACCUCGCAAGAAGCGAAUGUCGAAGGAAACCAAUAUAGAUGAUAUACUAGACCCUUAUGUACCGCCUAGCAACAUGCACAGCACGGACGAUAAGUAUCAGGCACGUCGGCGACCCAAAUCGGGCGCCUGGAAGGAGACGGCCAUAGAUGACGCAUAUGUUGCUCCCUCUCAGCGGUUAGAGCCUGCCUCUCCAACCUCCCCGGCACCCAUCGUACUGCAGCGAUCAGAGUCCACACGGGAACCCCCCAAAAGUCCGGAACUAAUUCAGGAACUCACUAAGUCUAACUUUGGACGCUCUAAGUCUGAACGUAAGGCUAAAGGCAAAGAUCGUAAACUGAAUGGUGAUGAGAAGCCGUCUUCCCCAGCGAAAUCUGACACACUGAAGUCCACAGACAGCGCUAGUGGCGGAGAAACACUGGAGGACCGUAGCAGUAAAGAGGGGUCUCCCACUAAAGAGCAUCCUUCACCAUCAAAGGAUAAACAAAAGCAAAAGAAGAAGAAAUUCCGUAUGCCUUCCUUUGGCAAGGCCAAGAAUAAAGAAAGUAAAGAAAGUGCCAUUUAGUCUGAGAGUAGGAAAAAAUGACAUGUGACUUAGUCAUGUGAUCUGUUAUGAUGUGGAAUGAUUCAAACUUUUUAUAAUAACACAAAGCAGAAGCAUAUGUUUGUGCUGACUGUUUGCUUGUGUUUGGAAAGAACAGAAAUAUUGGAAAAGAAACACGUGUCUACGUAAUAUUUUAAAACAUUUUUGGUCCAAUUUUUAGAACUGACAUUGGGAUGGAGCGUUUAGCUCUCUGUGGACAGAUUAACUCAGUAAUAUGUAUAUGCAGACUUUCCCCUAGCUUAAUCAUGCAUACGCUUCCCCAAGGAUUGAAACGGAGAAUGAAGCACAGAGCAGCCAGCAAUGUUGUGAACUUGGCCCGGGAGUAGAUGUGUUCGACUGAUAGACUACUACGGAACCAACUGCUGAAUGGUUGGCAGGUUUGCCACCAGCAUGUGACCACUCAACUCCGCUUGAUGUAAAAAAAGAAUAAUUCAUUUUUUUUUUACUUCCGAAGGUUAAGUGUAAUAUGUGAAGUGUGAUCCCAAUGAAAGGCAGUUCUUUUUUGCCUGGCAAUUUUUCAAGGGACGAAUGGCAAUAUCUGUCCAACUCUCUGGAACGAAAAGAAAUGGUCACACUUGAUAAAGUACUGAUUGUAGGCGAUACCAUUUACCAUUGUGUGUGGAGGGUAUGCAGAAAGCCCACCUGGAGCUGAUUGUGGGUGGUUGAUGAUGGUGACCGGUCAAAGCUUAUAGUUCAAUACCUUACCACACUAUCCAUAUUCUUGUGCUCGACGAGUGAGAGAAAUGUUUUUGUUGACGUACUAGGUAGGGAGAUAGGUGCUUUCCCUGUAUUUUUUUUAAUCAUCUCCUUAAUUUCAUUAGAUUUUUAAUAUUUGUUUUUAUUUCAUACAUUGGUCAAAAGAAAUCUUAUCAAUGAUAAAAUGUUCUUCCAUUCAUUUACCCAUCAUAUAUGUAUUUCACUUUGAAAGAUCUAUGAGCAUCCCAGCAAUGUCCAGAUGACAUCUCUGCAUUUAUUUGAAGUUGUUAGCUUAUAAUGCGAGCUGGUAACUAAUCAGAACUUCAUUCUGCUUUGAUUGCUUCAGAAUAAUUAGACUUCAAAAUUUGUCAUUAAGAAUUCUUUUGUGUCACAUGCUCAUGUUUAUUAACAAGGAUAAAAAAGUAAAGGUGAAGGUCAUAUAGGGGUUGUUGGGAAGGGGGGAUUGUAGGGAUUUUCGUGUGUUCAAAGGGAAGUAACUCUCAAAUUGGGGGAAUGUUGACCCAGGCUUGUUGCAAUACUAACUGUACGUACUGACUGUAAAGAGUUUUUGUGUCAGGUGUAAGUCCCUUAAGUGUAGUUCUGUCUCGAAAAAACAAACAAAAUCGUAACAUUGACACAUGACUAUGUCCGUGGUUCGCCUGCUUUGAUCAGGUACUAUAUUACACCUGGAGGCAGCACUCUUUCAUAUUCAUACAAAAACAGAAAGUCCUUUUUCAUUAAAUGUUGUAAAAAAAUAAGUUCAGUAUGUUUUUCCCUUUCCAUCCCAUGUUAUACUGUGUUCAAUAAAAUCAGUUUGAGCAUUUUCGCCAUUGUUAUUGAUCCCCAUCAUUUUGAACACUAUCUGUAAGUUUGUGGUAUGUGUGUAAACAGUGGCUGGUAGAAAGAAUCACACAAACUUCACCUAAAUCAUUUUAAGCGGUAAAGUUUCUUUCAUACUGAAAGAAAGCUGAUAAGAUCAACAAUUUGAAAUCUUAAUCACACAUUAAUGUGCAAUUAUCACCUGUGCAUCAUGUCAUACAAAUGAUGGCUUAUUCUGUACAAAGAUGAAAGAAAAUCCUGAUGUUCUUGUGUAGGUGUGUUUUCGAUGUUGGUAAAUUUUGAUAUCUGGUCUUGCCAAUUUGUUUUUGUAUAUUUUCCAUACUCUUUACACUGGUCAUGUCUGUAAAUCAUGGUUGCUCAAGCAAAGUUUUGUCUCUGUGCAAGGAUAGGAAGUAAUAAAACCUGUUAAAAUACCCAAAUAUACCUAAAGAUUACUCCCCUUUACAUCACCAAUCAGUAUAAAUCUGCUUGUGGGGUUCGCUGUGAUGUUUAAUUUCGAUGGGGAGUUAUAAGGUGGGGUUGAGUAAUGGUUGGGCAAUGCCCAUUUUAUAGAUCUGUAGAGAAGGGGGAUGGAUGGAUGCAUGACACUGACACAGUGGACGUAUCAACUUGUACCCCAUUAUAUUACUGUUUAAUGUCUAAAUAUCCAAGUUGAUCUUUUGUUUCACUAUAAACCAACAUUAACAAAACCUGUAAUUAAGUGUAGUCACACCAUUUUAGAAAUGGACUUGUAAAGUGUAUUCUGUUUUUAUGUAAUAUCGGCCACUAGUCAAAUGAUUAACUCGCUAAUUAACAUUAGGUUGGAUAUGUUGAAUAUUUAGUAACUCUGGCAGCUUGUGAGCUUGUUUUGUUGUUCAGAUAUUUUUUUCAUGAUGUUAAGUAAAAGUAAUUUUCGAAAAAAAAAUUCAAAUUAGGAUAAGCCAUGCCACUUGUAGGAAGGUAAUUUUCUUCUACAAAUGCCAUGGAUCCUGGCCGAUUUCUUUAUUAUAAAAGCAAACUACUAACUGUCUUUCCAGUUUGAAUAUUUAUUGUAUUUAUGAAUAUAUUCAUAUUGUAACAGGCAGUGAUUGAUAAAUACCAAUAGCUUAACUUGCAUGCUCAUUGGAGUAACCUCACAACAAAUAGUGAGUCCACUAUAAUAAUAAACUGUUUACUAUUUACAAAUAUAUUUAAGAUAGGUAUAAUGAAGAUAACAAUGAUGUAUAUAUUUUGUUGCCUUAUUGUAGUAAAUUCAAUAAGAUUUUCAGUCAUAGAAAUGGAAAAAAGGCGGGUUUUAUUGCAAUUGUUAAUCCUACAUAAUAGCUUGUUGUAAAUUGGAAAACGCAACAUUUUUGGGAACCAGAUAAACUAUGGUAUAACAUAGACCAAUAUUACAUAAAAAUGAUGCAGCCUUGUUAAUAUAAUACUCUACCACAAUAGAGAAUACCCAAACUUACUAAAUAACACUUGAAGUGUUGAUGACAUUAACCAUCAGUCUUAAUGGUAGUGAUACAGGAUAUAUAUAUAUAUUGGAUACUUCAGUAAAAAGGGUCGCGCCCAGUAGUGAGGUGAUAGACAUCAAUUUGUCAAUUCCCUGCCUUUUUUUUUUUUUUUUUUUGCGCCAAAUGUAGUUCUGUGAUUUUUAUAAAUGAAUGAUGUCCUGUUUGUCUUGUAAAUAAAUCGAUUAUCAACUUGAUUUUACCUGCUUAACAAUGUGUUUUAAGUUUUAAACAAAAUGUAGAUUUUUAUGUUCUUUAUCAUUUUAUAUUUUCAUUUAAUUGUACAUGCAAUGUAAUUUUUUUUAUAAAGUACACAUCGUAUGCACUUCAGAUAUCCACAAGUUGAAAGGGAUUUAUUUUAUCACAGCUCGGUAAACAUCGUCACGAGAUUUUGGCUUGUUUUUCAAGGUCACAGACAGCUGGCAUUGUGAUCACAGUAAUCAUUGUGAAAUGGUUUCCGUGGUUACGGCAUUUUGACCUUGCUGUAAUGGUAACAUCUCUGUGACCUUGACACAUUGUCAUUGUCUUCUGUGUCUAAAUUUGUUUUUUAUGUUUGUUAGUGUUAUGUAAACACAGAUUGGUCUAACUGUUUGUGUGUAGUCCUGAUCUAGUUAAUCUUUACUGCUCAAUGUCACUUCCGUUUAUGUAUAAGCCUUAUGCCGUAAAGGCUCGGGGUAUCUGAUUGACAUUUACGUUACUAUUCAUUGAUUUUACUGCAUCUCAUGGUUGCCUUCAGCUUGUAGUCCUUACGUAAAGUCAUGCCGUGUCAAUAAACCAUCUAUACUUACA